UUGCUCCUUCUAUCUUUUUUAGGCGAACAUACAAUAAGUGGCUAAACCAAAUAUUUUAUAGUAUAACAUUUUUUGACCAAUGUUGGCAGUGCUCGCUUCACUCCACAUAGAUCUAUAGUCCCUGAUCCUCGUUCGGACAAUAAACUUUCAGCAUUCGGGAUGACGGAGCUCGGAGGAUUAUGCACGCUUGCGCAUUAUGAAUGUGAUAAGAUCGAAACAGUCGGAGCGCCUCUUCCAGGAAUGCUUUUCAAGGUUGUAAAUUGGGAAACGAAACAACUCUGUCCACCCAGAACUCCGGGACAUCUCAUGGUUCUGGGGCCGCAAGUUAUGCCAGCCUAUUACAAAAAUCCUAAAGCUACAGGAGAAUUAUUUGAUCCAAGCGGUUACGUCAAAACAGGAGAUGCGGCGUUUUACGAUGAAACUGGGCAGGUAUAUGUUCUAGAUCGAAUCAAGGACAUUAUAAGAUAUAAAGGAACUUUGAUCUGCCCAUCAGAAGUCGAGCUGAUGCUGAGAGCACAUCCAGGAAUCGAGGACUGUGCGGUCGUCGGACGACAGGAUCACGUGUCCGGUGAAGUGCCGGCCGCAUUCGUGGUAAAAGCCUCAACGCAUCCGCUACUGUCAUCAGCAGAAGUGAGACAGUACGUAUCUGGAAAAAUUGCAUCGUUUAAAGAGCUCAGAGGGGGUGUGUUCUUCAUUUCCGAAAUUCCACGCACGAUCUGCGGAAAAGUGGUGCGCAGACAGCUACGACAGUUCUGGGACAGAGAGAGGGCCAACUCCAAGGUGGCAAACGAAAGGAUUGACAAGACACCUGUGAAGCGAGCCAACGGCUCUGCAACACCGACAAAAAGAAUGAACAAGGCUGGGAAGAAGUAA